AUGAGGUCUCACAAGAAAGAAAGAAAAAUAUCUACUAACAAGAACCAAGCAAAUUAUUAUAAAUUAUCAACGUUCUCAAAGCAAAGACUGACUCGUGAAUUUUCAUCGAACGAAUUGACUGGAUACUUCACAAUCCGCCUUUCUCCAAGCAAGAAAUUUGAGAGCGUCUAUUCUCGGCUGACUAUCUGUGCGCGAAAUUUCUUUUGCAAUUUUCAAGUAUUCCAUCGCAAUAUUCUCAUACACUAAUUUUACGUACCAGCUAUACCGUACUGCAGUGUUACAGUUAUCCAUACCCUAUUAAAUACCGAAGAAUUCGAAAUGUCAAAAGUAUGCACUAUAUUAUUUCAAUAAUCAUAGCUCGCAGUUUAGCCUGUACAUGAACUCCACUUUAGUCUAUAGUAUGAACAAACGCAUUGUCGUUAAUUUAAGGAUCAUUAUAGUCAUAUAUAUACUAACUACCCACCAAGCUGUAACAUACCUAUAAUAGUAUUAUGUAUAAUGUCCACGUACCUAGCAGGACAAUCUUUUAGUUUAUAUAACAACGCAUAGCGACAUGAGAUCAGUGAAGUUUAGUUGGACAAUUCCCAUUGCUGUGUAUAAUUAACUUCCUGUUACGUCAGAGGAAGAAAUGGAGCGAAAGAAAGUCACUCCGGAUGUUAAAGACACUGAAUACGGAACUGUCACGUACGUGGAGGACGAUACUCCAAAAUGGAAAUUUUGGGCCAAAAGACGAUACGUCGUUGCUAUUCUUGCAUUUAUGGGAUUUUUUACUUCGUACAUACUUCGUGUCAAUUUAAGUAUCGCUAUCGUUUCGAUGGUUGCUAAUAAGAGUAAAGUCGAUGAGAACGGCACAACGUACUACGAACAAGAAUUUAAAUGGGACUCACCACUUCAGGGUUUGAUUUUAAGUUCCUUUUUCUAUGGAUAUAUAUGUACACAAUUUGCCGGCGGUUGGCUGGCUGCUCGUGUCGGUGGGAAAAGAGUCUUUGGAAUUGGAAUUGGUAUUACAGCUGGUUUUACAGUCAUUACGCCACCAAUAGUCAGAGCUAAUGUUUAUUUGCUGGUGGCUGUACGUAUAGUGGAAGGAAUUUGUGAGGGAGUGACCUAUCCAUCCGUGCAUGCAAUAUGGGCCAACUGGGCUCCACCUUUGGAAAGGUCAAAGUUAGCUACUAUAGCCUUUUCGGGCAGUUUUGUGGGAACUGUAAUUUCUAUGCCAGUCGCUGGAUUGAUGACUGAAUAUCUUGGUUGGGCCUCCGUCUUUUAUGUUUUUGGUGCUUUUGGCUUAUGCUGGCUGAUCCUGUGGUGGAUCGUUGUUGCGGAUAAGCCUGAGGAUGAUCCAUACAUCUCAGAAAUUGAAUUAAAAUAUAUUAAACAGUCACUGGGUCAUUCAGGUCCAAAAGAGGAAGUUGUUUAUCCAUGGAAAAAAAUAUUCUUGUCACCUCCUGUCUGGUCUAUCGUUGCUGCUCAUUGCAGUGAAAAUUGGGGAUUUUACACUAUGCUCACACAACUGCCUACUUACAUGAGCGAUGUCUAUAAUUUCAGAAUAGACAAAACUGGCUUCUUGUCGGCUCUGCCAUAUCUUGCUAUGUCAAUCAUUCUUCUUGGAUCUGGUCAACUAGCGGAUUACUUGAGAACAAAAGAGAUCCUGACUACGACUCAGGUUCGUAAAAUCUUUAAUUGCGGUGCUUUCGUGUGUCAAACAAUCUUCAUGACGACAGCUGCCUUCAUGACAACAGCGACUGGAGCUAUUUUCUUCAUUACCAUGGCCGUUGGUCUUGGAGGUUUCGCCUGGUCAGGAUUCAGUGUCAAUCACUUAGACAUCGCACCGCAACAUGCCAGUGUCUUAAUGGGUAUUGGUAAUACUUUUGCUACGAUACCUGGAAUAGUUAGUCCCUUGUUAACUGGAUACAUCGUGUCAAGUGGGUCGGCUGAAGACUGGAGGACAGUCUUUUUCAUUAGUAGUGGUGUUUAUCUAGUUGGUGCCAUUAUAUAUGGAUUCUUCGCGUCUGGCGAACGGCAAUCUUGGGCCAUGGAGAAGAAAAAUGAUGAUGUUGGCCAUGACAACGUAGCAAUGGAAGUAGAUAAAUUGUGAAAAAAAAGUUAUAUUUUUGUAUGAAUCUUUGUAAAUAGAAUCGGUUAAUAAUUAUUUUACGUUAAUGUA